AUGUCGUCCGGGCUCUGUUUGCAAUCGUACUCUCUCGUCGAUCAGUACAAAAGUACAUCUUCUCUUGAACUGUACCCGAAAUUCCUCUUGGCCUUACUGUUUGGGUCUAGCCUUGGGGUUUCCGUUCGGUUUCAUCAUUUGGUUUGGUCUCCCCGAUCUUUACGUUAUCCGCUUUUCGCCCUCACUGAACAAGAUAUUCCUGCAGGAGCAGCGAGUACGACCACAGUCUCUGAGCGAACAGAGCUUGAAGAUUCCGAGCUCGCUUGUAUGGUUGACCGCAACGAUCGCAAGAAUGCAGCAGUCGAUCGCGGAGCCUCGAUUGAUAGGUGGUUGAGAAGGGGGUGGGGUGGGGUGGGGUGAGGCAUACUCCAUGGGAGAGCAAACUGCCGAGCAGCUGCGUGAAAAGACCCGUGCCUGCACUGCAGUGUAUAGCUAGGGACUGUGCACUAACACACUCUGUGGCUGGAGACGGUGCGCGAACUACGUUGGGGCGGCACUUCGAGGUCACGAUCAGCGGUGCAUGGUACGCGAGAAUGGGCAUGGAGGCUCGGCUCGCCCGCCUUCUCACGGAGAAGGCCAAGCCAAAGGCACAACGCGAGACCCAUGUGAUCGGGCCUUGUAAGAGAUCAGGUUCCGAUUCCUGGUUUUAGUAUGGCCUGUUCACGAACUUCAUGUCGCAUUCCACGGUCGACGUAUUUAGCAGGAAAGCACGAGCUUGCCAUUUCCUUCGUAUCCUCACCUAACAUCCUCCCUAGGGCAGUGCCGAAUGUUACGAGUGAAUGCCCAGGGGUUGUUUGAAUUGUACCCCACCUGAUGAUAUAGCGUGGAGCGCGAGGAUGGAGGUCGGCAAAUGGUUGCAGCUGUCUUUCAGCGAUGUUGUCCAAGGGUUGAUGCCCUGUAAUCAAGCUCCACGGAGUUACUUGGCACAGAGAAAUGUGAACAGCCGAUUUGCCACCUGCGAUCUUAGGAAUACUUGGAGGUCGUGUAUUCUGAUCGGAGAGUUGCUCUGUACUUGGAAUCGUGCACGUACUCGCUCGACAUAUGAUGUCGUGACGUACCAUCUUCUCUCGACUGGGGCAAUAUGAGUAGGGAUCCAAUAUUCUGCAAUUUCAAUGGCCCGAUUUCAAUAGACGCUUCGAUUCACAGGCAACUGAAAUACAAAGAUUUGUCCACGGCUUGCCUCAAUACAUGUACAAUGCGGACCACAUCUCAUUGUGAACGAGUUGCUGUCACUUAUCCCCGUCCAUUUAGAACAACUCGUCAGAAUUCCUAUGAGUUCAAAAUCCUCUCUGCGAGUUUCUUCUUGUGUCACACGCAGAUCCAUCUCUUCGUUGUCAAACGUGUUUGCAAAUCUGAACCUCGGCG